AAAAAAAUAUGUAAACAUUUGUAGUUAGAAAACCAGUCAGAGACAGUCAUCAUCGUCUUCUUCUAUCUACAUGGACACUCGCACGCUCACACUGUCUCCUCUUCCUCACACUCUGCGUCUUCUUUCAUCUCAGAAGCCUCCUCCAACAUCCACUUGUUACAUUCCUCGUUCACACAGACCCUUCUUCACUACCAACCUUAACCGCAUCACAACUCCACAAGCCAUCGUUAAUCCUUCUCCCAUAACCCUUUCAGCGGAUGAUGCAGCAGUGGCAACUCCCCCUCUCAGGGAAUUAUGCGAACCUCAUGUUCCCAACCACAUACUGCAAAGGAUGGAAGAGAUUGGAUAUGUUAUGCCUACAGAUAUCCAGAAGCAAGCACUGCCUUAUCUUUUUUCCGGGCGUGAUUGCAUACUUCAUGCUCAGACAGGUUCUGGCAAGACUCUUACAUACCUUCUUUUGAUCUAUUCCAUCAUCAGCGCUAGAAAGUUUUCUGUGCAAGCACUAGUUUUGGUGCCUACUCGUGAACUUGGCAUGCAAGUCACUAAGGUUGCUAGGAUGUUGGCAGCAAAGCCAACUGGAGUUGAGGGGGAGCAGAAGUCAUGUACCGUCAUGGCUCUGUUAGAUGGAGGAACAUUGAGAAGACACAAGAGUUGGUUAAAGGCAGAGCCUCCAGCAGUAAUAGUCGCAACAGUUGGGAGUUUAUGCCAAAUGCUUGAAAGACACUUGUUUUCACUCGAAACUGUGAGGGUGCUGGUUGUUGAUGAGGUUGACUUUAUUUUCAAUUCUGCCAAGCAAGUGAGUUCUCUUCGGAAGAUUUUGAAUUCAUCUUGCAAUAACCGCCAGACGGUUUUUGCGAGUGCAUCUAUACCACAACACAAUCGAUUUCUUCAUGACUGUGUUCAGCAGAAAUGGACUAAGAGUGAUGUCAUCCAUAUUCAUGUCAGUCCAGUGGAGCCCAUGCCAUCUCGCCUAUGUCAUAGAUAUAUAAUAUGCGAUACAAAAAGAAAGCUACAAACCCUGUUAUCCUUGAUACAGUCUGACACACCUGAGUCUGGCAUUAUAUUUGUUGGUGAGCAGUCUGAGAAGUCGAAAAAGGCUGGAAAUGCUCCAUCCACAUCCCUUCUCAUUGACGUCCUAAAAUCAUCAUAUCAAGGUUCUUUAGAUAUCCUCCUUCUCGAAGAUGAAAUGAAUUUCAACUCACGAGCAUCUUCUCUGUUGGAGGUCAGAAAAGGAGGUGGCCAUCUCCUUGUGGCAACAGAUAUAGCUGCUCGAGGAGUUGACCUUCCAGAAAUGUCUCACAUAUACAACUUUGAUCUGCCAAGGUCCGCCGUUGAUUACCUUCAUCGAGCAGGGAGGACUUGUAGAAAACCCUUUUCUGACAUCAAUUGUACUGUUACCAGCAUUAUAGUUCCAGAGGAGCGAUUUGUUCUGCAGAGAUAUGAAAAUGAGUUGAUGUUCAUUUGUGAAGAGAUUAUUCCUUAAACAUUUUCUAGAGUUUCACAUAUUUUAAUUUGAUAGACUAAUGUCCCUCAAAUUGCUUUUAUAAUCGUUUAUGUUGUUUUAGGGAUUCUGA